AUGCUUAUAGCCCAAAGCCAUCAGAAGAGUUAUGCAGACCAAAGGCGGAAGCCUUUGGAGCUUGAAGAAGGAAAACAUGUCUUUCUAAAGGUAACACCAACCACUGGAGUGGGAAGAGCUAUUAAGACUAAGAAACUAAAUCCCCUUUAUAUUAGACCAUUUGAGAUCCUGAAGAUAAUUGGGCCAGUUGCUUAUAGAAUUGGUUUACCGCCGUAUCUUUCGAAUUUGCACGAUGUGUUUCAUGUGUCACAGCUUUGGAAGUAUACUCCUGACGUAAGUCAUGUUCUAGAACUGGAACCAAUCCAAAUAAGAGAAGAUCUAACACUUUCAGUAAUUCCAGUGAGGAUUGAUGAUACUAGUAUUAAACGAUUACGCGGGAAGGAAAUAUCAUUAGUAAAAGUAGCCUGGAGUCGAGCUGGUAUUGAGGAACAUACUUGGAAACUCGAAUCGGAUAUGCAGAAGGACUACCCACAUCUCUUUUCAGGUAACUGA